AUGGCGCUCCUCGACGACGCCGGCCUGGGGCCCGUGCAGCGGCUGGCGGCGUUUCUCCGGCGGCAUCGGCAGCCAGUGGCCGAGCAGCGCGACUCGGGGCAGCAGUUGGUGCGAGCUGAGCCGCUCGUCAGUUCUGAUGUUCUUAAAGCAAUUGAAAAUAUUGUUGAAGAGACACUGGCAAAUCUUGCAAAAGGAGAGCCCCCAAUUAUCACUUUUGAUAAAAGAUCAUCCUGGGAAAAUAUUCGGUUUGAUGGCAAUGUUGGUUUACAGCUGGUAUCUGAUUGUAAUGUGAGCAAAGUGAAGUGUGAAUGUUCCAAAUCUGUCCAUAGGUUUGCUCUGAUACUCAAGACUCUGUCGAUGAUCUACAAGUUGGUGCAGAGCAAUACUUACGCAACUAAAAGAGACCUGUAUUACAAUGAUACACAGUUGUUUGGCUCACAGAGUACUCUUGAUGGCAUUAUCAAUGAUAUAUGCUGCAUGCUUAAAGUCCAACGCAGAUGUCUCCAUGUUCUCUCUACCUCGAAAGGCUGCAUUGCUGGCGAUCUAUGCUAUACCGAAGAGGAUGGCAGCAGAGUGAACUGUGCUUGCAGUUCCACUGCUGUUCUUGUACCAUCCAAUGUGGACGGGAUAAAAAAUUUGAAUUCUUCUGCUCAAUUUGUGCUCGUAGUGGAAAAGGACGCCACCUUUCAGAGGUUAUUGGAUGAUGACUUUUGUACCAAAAUGUCCCCAUGUAUUAUUAUAACGGGCAAAGGCGUGCCAGAUCUGAGCACCAGGUUGAUGGUGCGGAAACUGUGGGACACAUUGCUAAUCCCAAUCUUUGCCCUAAUGGAUGCUGACCCACAUGGUAUUGAAAUCAUGUGCAUAUACAAAUAUGGGUCAAUGAGCAUGUCAUUUGAUGCCCACAGUCUGACUGUUCCGAUUAUUAAUUGGUUGGGUCUACUUCCAUCUGAUAUUCAAAGAUUAAAUAUUCCGAAAGAAGUUUUGAUUCCUCUCACUGGAAAAGACACGAGCAAGUUGACCAAUUUACAGAAGAGACCUUACAUUGACUGCCAACCUCUCUGGAAGAAAGAAAUGGAAAUAAUGGAAAUAUCUAAAGUGAAGGCUGAGAUCCAGGCUCUUGCUUCCAUCAGUUCCAACUACCUUACACGAGUAUAUCUGCCAAAUAAACUCAAGUUUGGUGGUUGGAUAUAACUAAAAUAUCUAACAUUUUCCCAUCUUUGUAAGGAAAAAAAAAUCUGAUUGAGUUGGCGUUAGCGUUGUAACUCUUGAUACACUAUUGACUUGUUUUUUUAGCCUUGUUAGUGAUUCUUAUUGAAUUUAUUUGCCUGAAAUUUGGUCAUUUGGUUGCAUUUGUGUUUCAACUAGACAUACAUGUUCUGUUAAUUUGCUAGCCUAUUGUAUUUGAUUGAUGGUUAGCAAUAUAACCAAGUUAGUACUCUAGUUAUUGUCAGUCUUGAUUAAUUCAGUAAUAUUCAUUUUGGAAUUCUGGUUGAGUUACUGUCACAGAUUUGUUUUUUCUGAUUGAUUGGUCUUUUCAUGUUAGAAUUAAUAAUUGAUGUAGUCAAAAAAAGUUAUAUUCUUAAUUAUAGUAAUCUUCAAUUACAUAUAUUAAUAAACUUUAGUUCACAUGCAUUUGAAGCAACUUGAGGUUUCAAGUCCUUAAUUGGCAGGAAAUGUAUGUAGCAUAUUCCUUAAGAAUGCUCCUUUAUCUUGUUACCUGAUGGCACUCAUCUGGAAAAGUUAUUGCUGUUCUAUUAUUCACUAGAUACUUAGAUUAUUCAUAUGUUUGACUCAAUUUUAAAUAAGAAGAGCUGCAAUUGAGCUUUAGAAGUAACACAAAAUGGAUAAUGAGAAUCCACCCAGUUUUAUGCAUUGUUGAAUUUUAUUUUCUA